AAUGAGAGCGUGAGGAUCGAUGAUGUAAUGUAUCUGGUUGGUGCCCAAGAAGAUGGAACGCUUUUUAAUCCCAUUUAAAUCAUCAAUUUAAACUACAUUUGGCAUCUCGCACACGUAUUAAAUAAUCGAUAAUAAAAAUUAAUUUCACGUUUAAUUAACUGUAAUCAUAUAAACAGGAAAACACUCGAAGCACAAGUGUCUCAAAGAAAUAUUGACCAAUAUCGCAUUGAUCGAUUUGUUCGAAUUGACAUAUAUAAUAGUUGAAACAAAAUGUGAACAGAUAGCAACACUGAAGACGCGUUGACAUGUGACAUCUUUGUUCUAUAAUCAUAGUAUGCAAUUCACGAGCCGAGUGCAGUCACAUUGCACGUGUCAUACAGUGUGUGUGUACAUACAGACAACCUAAUUAUGACAUUUUUUUUCUGACACCAUAAAAUAUGACGUUUAUACUGCGGCCGUUGUCUUUCUGUGUAAAACGGAAAAAAUGUACAGUACCUAUCAGUUAUACAGUAUUUAAUCAUAAAAUUCAUUCAUCAAAAUGUAUGUUCCAUGGUGAAUACGAAAUGCUGGAUCCAAAAACAGAAGCUGAUAUAGUCAAUGUCACUUUCAUUGACAAGACAGGCAAGAAGAUUCCUGUGAGAGGAAAAGUAGGCGAUAAUGUACUUUAUUUGGCACAUAGAUAUGGAAUUGAAAUGGAAGGAGCUUGUGAAGCUUCUUUAGCUUGUACUACUUGUCAUGUGUAUGUACACCAUGAUUAUACUGAUAAACUCCCAGUGGCUGAAGAAAAGGAGGAGGAUCUCUUAGAUCUGGCACCUUUUUUGAAAGAAAAUUCAAGGCUAGGUUGCCAGAUAAUUUUGUCCAAAGAAUUGGAUGGCAUAGAACUGGAAUUACCUAAAGCAACUAGAAACUUUUAUGUAGAUGGACAUACACCAACUCCACAUUGAUACGCUUGUUAUUGAAGUUGUUUAACUUACUUGUAAAUAUAUAUUUGUACGAGAGAAUAUGUAAAUACUUAUUGUGUGUAUUAAAAAAACAACUAA